GUAUUACGCAACGGACCGGGGCGCUGGGUCCGGUUGAUCCGUCACUGGGUGGGUCUCGGUGUUUUCCAAAUCAGCUGUUAGUCGCCGGUGAAGGGUGACUCUGUCGGCUUCAUAGUGGGGGGCAGGCGUCAGUCGACUUCGAGACUCGGGCCGGUGCGCAUCGUGGCUCGUUAUCGCGCACCUCGUUCUCAGUGUGUAUGCGCGUAUAUAUACACGCAGCCUCGUGCGCGCAUAUGUCCUCCUCGUUCUCGUUACGUGCCCGUCUCGGGAACGCUGUUCCGUGUUUGUGGCCCGUGUUAACGUGCUCCCCCGAGUGAAAGUGGAACGGGCCGUCGCGAAGGGACUUUUCCGACGAGGAUUACCGACGACGACGUUGCAAGGGCUAGACGCGUGUGUCCACGCGAGAUCAGUUAGCACGGUCGACCGCGCGUGUGGACGUCGCGUUUCAAGUGCAGCAAUUCGCGUCGUCCAGGGGGGGACCCGCUAGCGUCACCGUUCGCCUACGGGGGACCCCAUUUGCGUAGCGUUCCUCGCCGCUAGUGAAACCAUAUGCUCGUGGCAGUCGUGCUGGUACGGCACGCCGUAGUGGAAACUUCCGUGUACGUAGCCGAAGGGGAAUACCGCAGUGUCCUGUUGCGUAUUUAAAAAUAAAUACCAACGCGAAGCCCUUGCUCUCUCCCCCCACCGACUCUCCCUGGCCGCCGUCGUGGUUUCGGGCGUUUCGAUCGGCUGAAAAGGGACACAGUGUACCGUUCUCUCGCUCUCUCUCACCCGUCAGCCGCCGCGGAACACGUGGCAUCCGCGUUCGCGACGAGGAAGGAAAUUUCGUUUUUCCUCUCCCCUUUUUCUUCGCUGCCACCUAACCCCCCGCCUACUCUGCUCCGCUGCCCCUCAUCUUGAAACCAGCCGAGACAGAAUCGGAUAUUCGCGAAGGUGGCCAAGGCCGAGGCUGUGCUCUCCGUACAAGAAUUUCGAAAACAAAGAAAACUCGCGAUUCAACGCCUAUCGAAACUGACAAGUCUAGUGUGUAAAUUACAGCCUCGUUGUUGUUUGUGUCGAAGGAUCGACAAGGUGUCCUCAAGACAUUGCUCGCGGAUCCCGCUGAAAAAGGGAUUGGCGACAGGAAAAGAAGAGUCGAACGGGAAGAGUGGCCGGUGUUGACGAUGCGUCGGUCCUCCUGGUUCAGUUGAACCCAGGUUCGUCGCGGUCGUUAUGCAGUGAGGCCCAGGGAAGCGCGUUAGCCGACGGAUUUCGUUCGUGGCCGAUUAUGCUGGAGUGUUGCGAGUCGCCGAGCACCAUGAAGAAUCCGGAGCACGAGAGCGGCUACUUCGAGGACGGCAGCGACGUCGAGACCACCGUCGAGAAGACGAUCGUCCCCGAGGAGAGGAAGCACGGGUCGGCCUGUUACGGUUUGGCCAAGGCUAUCCACAGCCUGGACGUCAGGGACUCCAGCGAGCCAGUUUCCGACGACUACGAGGACAGAUUCAAUAGAGUGAACCUGGCGGACAGCGGAGGCCAGAGGGUAGACAUGAAGCACUUCGACUUGCUGAAGGUCCUUGGAGCUGGAGCUUACGGGAAGGUGUUCCUGGUGCGAAAGAAGACUGGCAGCGAUGCUGGUCGUCUUUAUGCCAUGAAAGUCCUGAAGAAAGCAUCCAUCGUGCAGAAGAAGAAGACGACGGAGCACACGAAGACGGAGAGACAAGUUCUGGAGGCCAUUCGAGACAGUCCUUUUUUAGUUACGCUGCAUUACGCCUUUCAGACGGACACGACGCUCCAUUUGAUAUUAGAUUAUGUCAGCGGCGGUGAAUUGUUUACACAUGUGUUUCUGCGGGAUCACUUCACCGAGGACGAAGUGCGGAUUUAUAUUGGAGAAGUUAUUUUGGCGCUAGAGCAUCUGCACAAACUGGGGAUCAUUUACAGGGACAUCAAGCUGGAAAAUAUUUUAUUGGACAGGGAGGGGCAUAUCGUGUUAACGGAUUUCGGUCUGAGCAAAGAGUUCCUGCCGCACGAAAGGGACAGCAACGCUCGUGCCUACUCCUUUUGCGGAACUAUCGAGUACAUGGCACCGGAAGUGGUACGAGGGGGCUCGGCGGGCCACGAUGUUGCGGUCGACUGGUGGGGCGUGGGCGUGCUCACAUACGAAUUGCUGACCAGCGCGUCGCCUUUUACGGUCGAGGGCAACAAGAACACGCAACAGGACAUCUCGCGAAGAAUCCUGAAGAUCGACCCGCCGAUACCUAGCUACCUGAGCCCGACGGUCGUCGAUUUCAUCCUGCGCCUUCUAGUGAAGGAUCCUCGACAGAGGCUGGGCGGAGGUCCGGACGACGCUAAGGAGCUGAAGGAGCAUCCUUUCUUCAGGAAAGCGCCGCCGCCGUUCAGUUGGGAAGCCCUGGAGAAGCGACAGAUCCCCCCUCCAUUUGUUCCCCGCAUCACCCACGAACUGGACACCAGUAACUUCUCCGACGAGUUCACGAAGAUGAUUCCAGCGGACAGCCCCGCGGAAGCACCGCCGAAUCAUGACAACAUCUUCAGGGGAUACUCGUACGUAGCGCCCUCGAUACUGUUCGGCGAGAACGUGGUCAGCAAGGACAUCUUCAAGGAAGCUACCAAAGCUAGCACCGAGUCCCAGAGACCAUCAGCUUCGGACGUUUUAGCUGCCAGAUUCGAAGAGUCCACCUUCUUCCAGACAUACGAGCUGGACCCUCGCGAGAAAGCCCUAGGCGAUGGUAGCUUCUCCGUGUGCCGGAAGUGCAGGCAUAGGAAAACGAUGCAGGAGUACGCGGUGAAGAUCGUCAGCCGCAGGAUAGACUGCGGCAGGGAAGCCAGCUUGCUGAGGACCUGCCAGGGUCACUCGAACGUGGUCAAGCUGAUCGAGGUGCACCAAGACAGGGCGCACACGUAUCUGGUAAUGGAGCUGUUGUCUGGCGGAGAAUUGCUACCUAGGCCUAAGCCCUACACGGAGCAACAGGCGAAGAGGAUAAUGCGACAGCUAGCAUCAGCCGUGCGGUUUAUGCACUCUAGGGAUGUCGUCCACAGAGAUCUCAAGCCGGAGAACAUAGUGUUCGCUCACGAAGGCGAGGACUCUCCGGUGAAGAUCGUCGACUUUGGUUUCGCUAGGGUAAAAAGAGACUGCGAGCCUCUUCAUACACCUUGUUUCACUCUUCCUUACGCAGCGCCUGAAGUGGUAGCUAGACAGGGUUACGAUCAGAGCUGCGACCUCUGGAGUCUAGGCGCGAUCUUGUAUUCCAUGCUGUCCGGGAAGCCGCUGUUCGGUACAAGCUCGCCGGAUUUGGUCAGUAGGAUCAGAGCCGGCGAGAUAGAUUUCGAAGCCGAGGUGUGGAAUCAGGUGUCCAGUUUAGCGAAGCAAGUAGCGAAAGGCUUGCUGACCGUCGACCCUAAUAAAAGACUGACCGCGACCGGUUUGGUGAAUCACCCGUGGCUGGCCGAAUCCAGUACUUCCGUGGACGUGAUCACGUUAGACAUCAAUACCAGCAACGCCUGCUUCCUGGAGAAGCCGGAGGGCUGCUUCCGGCUGCGCGAGGUGGAUGGGGCCCGACUAGCGCAGAGGAGGAAGCUGCACAAACGAUCCACUUCCAGCUCGGUCUCCUCUUCGGCGUCUACUACUUCCUCCAGCCCCUCGGUACAGCUGUUGCGACCCCCUAGCGCGGCGACCAAUCCAGCGACUUCUGCCUCGCCAGCUCAGCCCAGCGCGUUCGACUUUGGCGAGGACAAAGUGAACGAAUACCUCAGCUCGUUGUCGUCCUCGUCGGAUUCCAAUUCGCCGAGGAUCAUGCAGCAAGAAGCGCCGAAGAAACGACGGAAAAGAGAAGCGAACGAGGAGGAAGGCAAGACGAAGAGGCACAAAAGACACUCGGAUUGCGAGGUGAUCUACAAGAGUAGCCGGAUCGGCCCAGUGACCAGAGCCAGAAAGAGGAAACUGGAGGAGCAAAACGUUGGUAACGGCAGUGAUGAAAUUGCGGUGUCCGAGGGAUCUCACACGGACCCCAGGGACGUACACCGGAAACAAAAGGCUGGGAAACGGCCCAAACGACUCGCGACUAUCAUCGUGGAGUAGAUGAUGAUCCUUUCUUGUUCCGAAGUUCGGCAGUCUCGCACCUCUUCGUGUCUCCUAUGCAUUUGCCACGUGAUAUGAUCAUGAUCAUGAUUAUGAAGAUGAUGAUGAUGAUGAUGAAGAUGAUGAUAAUGAUGAUGAUGAUGAAGAAGAAGAAGAAGAAGAAGAAGAUGAUGAUGAUGAUGAUGAUGAUGAUGAUGAUGAUGAUGCUGUUGUAACGUUGCUGCCUUCGAAGCUCACGCGCGAGCGAACCAUUGCGUCAUUCCUAUUUCCGGAACUUGGCCCAGGGAGUCUCUUUUCGA